GAAAGUGCACAAAAUGAGGUCUGAUCACAACCUCGCGUUAUGGUCUAAUUUGGUUGGAAAUUGGAAUGUUUUGAAUGGAUGUUUUGAACAUUCAAUAAGUGGGAGCAUUUGGCCUUGGGAUAACUUGGAAAGCAAAAUUUGUGGAUUUCACAAAGUUAUUGCCAUAGGAGUUAUGCAAUUAACUGGCAACCCCUAAACAAAAUGUGGAUGUACUGUAUAGAUGAUCCCAGAUAUCUAUUCGUUCCCGUGGACAAUACCUGGACAUCAUACACAAGAUGGCUUCGAUCGAUUUGCAAGAAAAAGCAAAUUUUACAAGACUUAGUAGACUUUUGGUUGACAAAGGAACUGACGCUUUGAGAAAUACUUUUGAUACCAUCCAUCCACCUGUUAGUCUACCCGGAGUUCUGGCUGCAAACAAAACAACUCUUCAAAGAAUAAAACCUCGAAUUAUUAAUAAUUCCCAGUGGGAUUUACUGUUUCCUCCGUCUGGGAACCCGCCAGAUUCCAAAACCUUUGAUGUCACAUUACUUACAGUUCUAUUCCGGAACAUUUGUGGUUUUCCAUCAACAGGAUGGGGUGUAAUGCCUCCGGAUACUGAUAGGUCAACGCAAGCAAAUAUCGCAAGAAUCAAGUGGUUAAGAAACGAUGUUUACGCACAUGUAACAACAACUAAAAUCGACGGUCCAACAUUUGAAUCUUUAUGGACGAAAAUUUCCCAGGCGUUGGUAGAUUUGGGCAUUCCUCAAGAUGAUGUAGACGAUUUAAAAUUAUGUCCUUUAGCACCUGAAGAAGAAGUGUUCGUGAAAGCACUUGAAGACUGGAAAUUACAAGAGGAUGUGUGCAUUACCCUGCUUGGAGGAAUUGAAUCUUCUGUAAAUCAUUUGACACAAAUCACUGAAGAGCUUCGUAAGUCGACUUUGGAGCAACGAAAUAACGCGGUAGACGUCCUGCAACGACCCAUCAUUAGCGACGAAGAUUUGUUGCGAAAUCUUGCAAAGAAUAACUUCAGGGCGGAAAUUAAGAGCAAGGUAAAGUUUUUUCAAGCAGAAACAAGAGAUUGGUUAUUAAAACAGGUGGACGAGUGGUUUCACAAGAGUGAUAGUGAUUCAAGAAUAUUGUUGGUUGUUGCUGGACCAGGAUUUGGUAAAAGCGUGUUUGCCGCUAAAAUCUGUGAGAAUUUCGGGAAGAAUGGAAAGCUAGCUGCUUGUCACUUUUGUGAUCUCAGUGAAUCAAAUCUUAGAGAUCCAAAAAUGAUGCUGCAGUCCCUCGCAAGUCAAAUGUGUGAGAACGUCCCGGAUUUUAAAGAGAAGCUUCUUGAUCAGUUAAAGCGACCUCACCACGUCCAAAGCCUAAAAGAUGCCUUUCGAGUAUACCUGCAAAAUCCGUUGGAUGAAUUGGAUUUCGACGAAUCAUGUUUAGUGGUAAUCGAUGGCUUGCAUGAAGGUGCCGCAGAUGAUAAGACUGAAAUCGUGGAUUUGAUUGCUGAUUACUUUCCGGUUCUUCCCGAGUAUGUUAAGCUUUUGGUGACGAGCAGGCCGGGAAUUGCCGAGACAAAAUUACGCGGCGUUCAAAAAAUUGUUGCUGACUCUGAUAGCCAAAAUGACCUGGACGUCUUCCAAGCUGAUUUGAAUUCAGAAGUCCACACAAAGCUGGACGCUAAGGAUGAAAAUAGAAAUUUGAGAAAUGAUUUUGUAUUUGUUAAUAUUGAUUCUUCAAAAGAGGGAGCAAGUGAAGCUACUAAUCACGUGGUGAUUUCAACUGGAAACGGUCGCAGUUCUGUGCAUGAUUUUUUUUAUAGUUACCAGGAACCACGAGGCCCGCCUACAGCUCGAAAAUACACCAAUAAAUCCCAACCUAAAAACGAUACAAGUUGUCAGGACGGUUGUUGCCCGAUAUGUGGUCUAUUUUUCACCAAUGUUAGUAAGUUGCAGGCACAUGUCAAUGAAUGUUUAGAAUCUGAUUCUACUGAGUCCGUCGGAAAAAAUAUCUGUCCAGUUUGUCAAGGGUCUUUUUCAGAUGUGGACACACUUCAAGUUCAUGUCAUGGAAUGCCUUGAUGAUUCGAAUACUAAAACACAAACACAACAGCGUAAAGCUAAAAAAACUAAGUCGAGCAAAAAAAAGGUUUGCAAAAAAUGUCACAGGACUUUCCCUGAUUCGGACGCACUUCAGGAUCAUGUGAUGAAGUGUCCUAAAGACUUUGAGGCUAAAAAGGAAAGAAAACAGACGAAAACUGAAACUACUGAUUCAGUCGGAAAAUUCAAAUGCAAACGUUGUGACGCAACUUUUCAAGAUUGGGAAACGCAUCUAGAACAUGUUACAGGCGGCGAUCUUGAUCCAAGUGAUAUGAUUUGGAAGUGUCCUGAUGGCUCUAAUACUAAAAAGCAAGAAAAACAGUCGAAAUCUAAAACUAGAUUUAUAUGCAAACAUUGUCAAGCAUAUUUUCCAGACUGGCAAACACAUCUAAACCAUUCUAUACAAUGCGCUGUUCAGACUAAAAUGAAAAAAAAACAGAGGAAAUUUAAAACUGCUGAUUCAGUCGGAUUAUUCAUAUGCCCAGAUUGUCAAGCAUCGUUUCAAGAUUAUCAAAUAUACCAAGACCAUGUUGUAGACUGCAAAAUUGAUAAUGAUGAUACUUAUGAUAGCGAUAGUGAUGAUACUGAUGAUAGUGAUGAUAUAAUGCGGGAUUCUCCCUGAUUAUAUCAUUCUUUACACCAUUUUAAUGUUUUAUAUAAUGUUUUAUUUAUUAUUCCUUGCCAUGCAUGUACAUACGAUGCAUCUCGCUAAAUAAGUGAUAACGAUUGAAUUUCGAGCUUUAGGGGCUGAUUACAUGAGCCCUCCUACCCGAGAUUCAACGAAGCGUGAGAUGACUUUGAGGUAUUGAAAUAAGUCUUU